CACAAAAUGUCAACCAUGAGACGAAUAUUCGAUUUGGCAAAGCUUCGAACCAAAAGAUCAGCACUUUUCCCAGCUAUUAACAUCUGUCCACAGGAGUCCUUGAGACAGAUUUUAGCAAGUCUCCAGGCUUAUUAUAGACUGAGAGUGUGCCAAGAAGUCGUGUGGGAAGCAUAUCGGAUCUUUCUGGACCGCAUUCCUGACACAGAGGAAUAUCAAGACUGGGUCAGCAUCUGCCAGAAGGAGACCUUCUGCCUCUUUGACAUUGGGAAAAACUUCAGCAACUCCCAGGAGCACCUGGAUCUUCUUCAGCAGAGAAUCAAACAGAGAAGUUUCCCUGGAAGAAAAGAUGAAGUAGCCCCAUGGGAGACACUGGCAGAGCCCACCAAGACCCCCGCACUACCCACAGAUGUUUCCAGCAUGUCACUGGGGCCCUUCCCACUCCCUCCUGACGACAGGCACCUCAAUGAGAUUCUCAAUGGCACCCUCAAAGGCAUCCAGAAGCCCACAGUGGAAACCAAAACAGAACCUACUCAUGUGUCUGAAUUCCCAUCAGAGGAGAAGGUGGAGUUCAGCAUCUCUCUGCCAAACCACAGGUUUAAGGCAGAGCUCACCAACUCUGGGUCCCCAUACUACCAGGAGCUGGCGGAACAGUCACAACUGCAGCUGCAAAAGAUACUUAAGAAACUUCCAGGAUUCAGAGAAAUCCAUGUGGUCAGAUUUGGACCAAAGAAAGAAGACGAUGGCUCAACCUCCACAGAAAUACAACUUACGGCCAUCUUUAAGAGAGACCAUACAGAAGCAACAAGCCCUGACAGUGACUUCCUGCCUCUUGAUUCUAACAAAAUUGAAAGUGAAAGGACCCAUCAUGGAACCAUAGCAGACAAGCACCCAGAAUCCUACCUCACAGCUACCGACCUCAAAAAACUCAUCGUACAACUAGUAGAUGGAGACCUUUCCUUGGAUAUGGGGACAAUUCAGUUCAGUGAUGAAAUCUCUGGCUCCUUGUCAGUCUCCAAGCCUGUCACCCAAUCGGGGCUGCCCACACCCCUUGCUGAUGUCACUCAGGAUGCCACCCGGAGUCCAGAACUCCCUUUCAGUGAUGCAAGGCUUGAGGCAGAGGACAGAGAUGGACCUGCCCUGCCCGGCGUGUCCUCCAAAGACAGCUCUUGGUCUCCACCUGUGGCAGCCUCGGCUUCCCCAUCAGAAAACCUACCUUCCUUUACACCUAGCCUCUUCUCUCUGGAUGAUCAAAGCUCUGCUCACUGGAUGACCACUGGCCAAAGAACAGUCAUCCCCAGGCUCACUGUCCCCACCAGCGAUUACUCUAUCAUCAGCCAUUCACCUUUAGAAAUGUCACCUUGGCCUGCGUCUUCCAGUGACAGAGAGUGGAUUACAAGCAGCGAAGAUACAAUCAGAGACGGAGAUGAAACAGAAGUAUCUGAGGUGCCUGCCUUGCCAGAAGCAUCAGGACUGAGUGGGUAUGAUUCUGCCCCAGGUCAUUUUCUAGAGAUGACCACACCUAUCCCAGCAUUACAGUACAUCACCACCAGCUCGGAGACCACACCCAUCCCAGGGUUACAGUAUAUCACCACCAGCUCGGAGACCGUCGCUACAAAGGGCCACGAGCUAGUGGUUUUCUUCAGUCUGCGCGUUGCUAACAUGCCGUUCUCCUAUGACCUGUUCAAUAAGAGCUCUCUGGAGUAUCAAGCCCUGGAGCAGCGAUUCACAGACCUUCUGGUCCCAUAUCUACGAUCCAAUCUUACAGGGUUUAAACAACUGGAAAUACUGAGCUUCAGAAACGGGAGUGUGAUCGUAAACAGCAAAGUGCGGUUUGCAAAGGCAGUGCCCUACAACCUCACCCAGGCAGUGCGUGGAGUCCUGGAGGAUCUCCAGUCCACUGCCGCUCAGCAGCUCCACCUGGAAAUCGAGAGCUUCUCUCUCAACACUGAACCAGCUGAUCAGGUGGAUCCCUGCAAAUCCGUAGACUGUGGCAAAUUUGCCCAGUGUGUAAAAAAUGAGUGGACAGAGGAAGCAGAAUGCCGCUGCAGACAGGGACAUGGGAACCGCGGGAUCCUGGACUACCAGGACUUGAACUUCUGUCCCCCUGGAAAGACCUGUAAGGCUGGCAGAGGACAGGUGGCUCCAUGCAGGCCACCAGAUCACUUUACAAACCAAGUUCACAGACCGAGUGUGAAAAAAUUACAUCACCAAACUAAGGUAGCCAACAAAAGAAAUUCUGAACUAUCAGCUAUAGGAUUUGAAGAAUUUGACCAUCAGGAUUGGGAAGGAAAUUAAAAACUGAAAUCAAACACAUCGUAUUUUAAA